CCGCGAAAGACGAAAAAGACGGCUCACUUCGGCUACUUUGGCGAGAGGACCAAAACGAACAUUACCAGAGACCGAGCCGUGUCUACUCCUUCUCCACCUCCAUCCUGUCCCCAUCCUCAUCCUCCUAUUCUCCUCUCAUUCUCUCAAAUUCCACUCAUCGUUACCUAGUGCAUCGCUUCCCUUCACCUAUACAGCGCCGCAUAAUACAAUGUCGGUAAACUCCGCAGACAGGUCACCACUUGAAGUGGCAGCACCACCUCAGUCCUCAGGAAACACACCACCGCCACCCAGAUUCAACCUGUCUCUUCCAAGCGCAUCUCAACCAGAUAUCAUUCGCGCGAACCAGAAGGAUGCCUAUUACCAGCAGAUAUUGAAGGACCAGGUCAAGGAUGCUGUCCGGGAUAUCUUUGGGAGCCGCAUUCAGCACAUGUACCAGACCGAAGUAGACGUCUUCUCGGAUCUGUGCUACUACUCAUUGACGACGCUGCUUGGCAUGCAGACACUCGGAGAAGAAUACUGUGAUAUCAUGCAGAUCAAGAGCUCCGCUGGAACAUUCCCUUCGCUUCCUCGUCGAUCGGCUCUUGUAUUUUGGCACGUGCUUGUGCCAUACCUCUACUCAAAGGGAGCUCAGGAACUGCGAAGGCGCACAAGAUCUCAACCACAGCAGCAGCAGCGACAUACAGGACACCGACUGGAUGCAACCCUUUCCGAGACAGAACCCAAGAAGGAGCCCUCUGCCUCCAUGAUCAAAUUCAAGGCUGCCGUCCACAACUGGUUGCCGACGCUCCAAAACUUUUUCAAAACUCAUGGACAUUCGGCUCACUUGGCAGUCUUUUACUUUUUCGGCGCCUACUACAGUUUCUCGAAGCGUAUCACUGGGAUCCGGUAUAUAUUUAACAGGAAACUGUCGCCAGGAGAGGAGAGAUCGGGAUACGAGGUCUUGGGCGUGUUGAUCGUUAUUCAGUUGGUCAUUCAAUUUAUUCAGUGGAGGCGACAGAUCGCGGCGCAGGCUCAAGAAAAGGCGGCGGUUACUGCUCUAACUGCAGGAAAUACGAUUGGCGAAAAGGGCGUGGUUGCCCAACAGGACAAGGUGGAGGAGGAAGACGAAGACGAAGACGAAGACGAAGAUUUUACGCGGACGACUGCAGAGAUCAAUGUCCGAAAGUGCACACUCUGCCUAGACCCAAGGACCAAUACUACGGCCACGCCGUGCGGCCAUCUUUUCUGUUGGACCUGUAUUCGAGAAUGGUGUCAGAACAAGCCAGAGUGUCCACUCUGCCGCCAGCAUGUGCAGUUGUCAGCGCUAUUGCCGAUCUAUACCAAGCUGUACUAAAGGAACGCAAAACGGAAAAACGUGCUUUAUGGAUUUGUCAAUAAAGCUUGCAGGGAUGCAUUUCCUUUUUACCAUCCCAGAUACGCAAAGCGAUUAAAGUUAGAGACCCGCGCAUGCCAAUGACCCC